AUGGGACUCUUGGCGCGACAUUCAUCAUUCAAUGUACAGCGGAAGAUCACGUUUAUGCUUAUUUGGUGCAUUGUCGUGGGCUUGAUCCUCUUGCUUGGAGGCAACAAAAUCGCUGCACGCUACAGCGGAAAAGCGUUGGCGGCAUACUCGGCAGGCGGAUCUCUGGCUGAGGAAGCUCUCAGUGCCAUCCGAUAUACAACAGCCCUAGGCAUGCAAAGAGAUAUCCUGACCCGGUAUAGCUCGCAGAUUAAAACCGCCGAGAAACAUGGUUUCCGCCUAAAGAGCUUUAUGGGUGCAAUGGUUGGCUUUGCCGUCGGAAUUUGCCGUCGGAAUUGGUCUGCUGCUUUUUCAGUCCUUGGAGUGGGGGCUAAUGCAGGCGUCUUCGUGUCAGCCGUUGCUGCAGGAGAGCGUGUCUUUAGCCUGAUCGACCACAUCUCUCCAGUUGACUCAUCUUCCGCAGACGGCCUUGUAAUUGGUGAUGAUAUUGUUGGCCAAAUCGAAUUCCAGGUUGUGAAGCACAUAUAUCCAUCUCGACCAAGCGUCAUGGUCAAAGACAAUCUGACCCUGACAUUUCGACUUGGACAGAUGACUGCCAUCGUUGAUCGUUUGGAGCCGGGAAAAGCACAAUUGGACAUCUUCUCGAGCGUGAUGGAGAACAUUGCAUACGGCCUGGUCGGCACAAAGUUUGAAAAUCAGACGCCGGAAAAGAGACAACAAACGAUUGAGAAUGCGGCACGACUAGCCGGCGCCCACGACUUUAUCAUGCAACUGCCAGAUGGGUACCUUACUCGCGUUGGAGCUAGAGGAUCUAAGCUGUCUGGCGCUCAGAAGCAGAGGAUUGCCAUUGCUCGAGCAAUUAUUGGGCAACCGAAGAUUCUUGUCCUGGACGAAGCGACCUCGGCAUUAGAUACCACAACGGAGAUUCAAGUCCAAAACACACUGAAGGCAAUCAGAAGUACCUGCACCACAAUUGUUAUUGCACACAGAAUGUCCACUAUUCAAGGGGCUGAUAACAUCAUCGUGCUGGACCGUGGGAGAAUUGUUGAGCAAGGCUGUGCUGGCGUAUUGCAGAGACUCGCGCUCGCUCGUGCCCUGGUGCAGCGGCCCGCCAUUCUGUUACUGGUUGAGGCCACCUCAGCGGUCGACGCGAAGUCGGAGAAGCUCAUUCAGGAGGCGUUAGACAGCGCGUCUGAAAGUCGUACAACUCUUACAAUUGCGCAUCGUCUGAGCACUGUGAAAAAUGCGGAUUUCAUCUACGUACUGGAUCAAGGCCGAAUCAUCGAGGCAGGUUCGCAUGAUGAACUAGUCGCUCGACGAGGGAAGUAUUUUCACUUAUACACUCGAGGUGAGGAGUAG